CAUAGAUUAGGGCCUAAUACAUUUAUUUCAAUUGACUGAUUUCUUUAUAUGAACUGUAACUCAGUACAUUUUUUGAAAUUGUUGCGUUCAUGUUUUUGUUCAGAGUAGAUUAUUUAUGGGUUGAUCAUAUAGAAAUAUCUAACUAUUCUAUCAACUCCAAAGCAAUUGCAUGUGGUGCAGGAGCCACUGACUCUCUGCCUUUUCUUAUAAUCAAGAUACCUGCUGAUAACUCUUAACUGGUUAGGACAAUUCAUGAGAAGUCCUAAAUAUUUGUCAACUAGAAGAGGCUUCAUGCACAGCUUUUAUUGUUACCCAUAAGAGUAGUAGUAAAAUGUCUCUAUUCUCAGCACUUACGACCAAUUUUCUAGUCUAAGACGCUUUGUGGAUACAAGCCCAAAUCUUGAUUAAUGUUGUCUUAAUAGUGGGACCAUGCCUUUGAAUUAGCAAACCAAUAAAGAGUGUCAAGUGAUCAAAUCAACUAGCACGUUUGCAUAGUACUCAUAGCAGUCCCUCAUUGCCCAAUCAGAAGAUGCUCCAUAGCAGGGUGCUCAUAUCAGAUUUCUUGAUCCAACAUCCUCUCACUCUGUAUCUCUUACAGUCAAUAGAUGUGGAGGAUGGGAAGCCUGAUCUGCUGCUGGUCAAAGAGGAGACGAUAGAAGACGAACCAGAGGGCAUUGAUCUGCUGAGUGGACUAAAGAUGGGGGAACAAGGUGGUUGGCUGGAGGCGAACAGAGGAGACUGGGCGGCCAUUUUGGAUUCCCAGACCCAGACGGGUGCAGUCAAUGGCCCGGGGGACGACAUCACUGAGCAGGCCAGGACUAGAGGCGACAUAGUGGAGGUCAGUGGAUGGGACAGCGUCUUUAACUCUGGGCUGGGGAACAACACUGUUAACCACAACCAGAAACAGACUGUCGAACACAAAACAACAACCGAAUUUAGUCUCCGUGACAACAGACUGGCUGAGACCAGGGCGAGGCGUAGAUUUUGUCUGCGGGGACGGGGAGGUGUCGGUAUGCAGCUGGAGAGAACAGACACUGACUCGGCUAGCGAUGCUCCGUCCUGCUCCUAUAGUUGUGAUUCAGAGAGACUGAUGGCGCCUCAGGUUAACCCCCUAACAGAUGCUGCCUUCAGCCUGCCUUCUAUAGGAUCUAUCAACUGGAACAUGGAUCCUGAGACAACACAGACACUCCCUGGCCUUCAUCCUCCUCACACUCUUCUAAUGUUAAACCAGACCUCAGACAAUGCCAGUGCCUCAACAUUAAAUGGCUGCACAAGCCCAUUGACAAAUGAGAGUAGUAGAGACGAAAUCGGUAAAAGUGGCAGCGCCAAAGAGAAACGCUUUCCGUGUUCAUUUUGUGGGAAAGCCUUCCGUUUGCCCAAACAGGUGCAGAUCCACCAGAGGAUGCACACAGGGGAGAAACCUUUCAGCUGCCACCUGUGCCGGGCCAGUUUUUCAGACUCGUCCAACCUGAAGAGGCACCAGAGGGUCCACACAGGGGAGAAACCCUACAGCUGCCCCCAGUGUGAGAAGAGGUUCUCCCGCCAGCACCAUAUGAAGAUGCACCUGAAAGUCCACACGGGAGAGAGGCCAUUCACCUGUACACACUGCGGGAAGAGGUUCUCAGAGAGGAGCUACCUCAGGGUACACCAACAGAAAAUGCACACGGCCCAUAUAUAGUGACAUGUAACGUAGUACUACUACUUAGUACUAAUUCUGUUGGUUUUGGAUAUAGUAGGGAAGUGGACGAGGUGAACUGAACUGAACUGAAGAAAUAAUGAGACAUAGAAGAUCAGGGGUUAGCAACAGGAUUUAGGGGAUUUGGAAUUCAGCUUAAAGUAUUCCCACAAAUAAAAAAAAGUAUCUCAAUGUAAUCAAGGUAUGAAAUUCUUGUUAUUUUUCAAUACAAUCUCUUUGGGCUUAGAUGUGGUCAUUUUGCAGUGUACAAAUUAUAAUUAUUUUCCAUCCCCUUGACCAUUCGCUCUGAGAAAGAUUCAGCCCACAGCUGAGUCUAGUUGCCUACCCCUGGAGUAGAUGAUAUGGUCAUGGUUGGGGUAUACUACAAUGCUUCAUUGAUGAGUGGGACAACCUUGUCCUGUUGUUUUGAUGAGGAAAUGAUAAUGCCUUAAUUCAUGUUUACUUAUACUGAUCAUGACAAUGGGGUGAAACUCCAGGACAACAGUUGUGAUAUUUAUUAAAUUUUUUCUGUUAUUUUACCAGGUAAAUUGACUGAGAACACAUUCUCAUUUACAGCAAUGACCUGGGGAAUAGUUACAGGGGAGAGGAGGGGGAU